AUGCGAAGAAUCAUUGGAGACGGCCCAAAUCCUAUUCUUCAUCGAGAUUUGAAGCCUUCCAAUAUUUUCCGAGAUUCACAAGGUAAGUUUCUAAUAGCUGAUUUUGGGAUUAGUCGACUAUUAAAGAAUGGUUUGAGGACAUAUGAAAGCAGGGCUAACAGGGGAACUGAGUAUUGGAUUGCACCUGAAUCAUAUUGUGAAGAUGAAGAUUCAGUUGAUAAAGGACGUUACAAGAAAGAGUCUGAUGUAAUGAAUGCUGGAAUGGUGGCUUAUUAUGUUGCCACGAAAGGUAAACAUCGUUUUCGAACUAAACGGCAUAUACUGGACAAUAUGUUGAAUGGAAACCCUGCUGGCUUAGAUCAAAUCAAGGAUGAAGCAUUGAAAGACCUUUUGUUCUGGAUGUUAAAUCUACGAUCUGAAGAGAGACCAUCUGCUAACGAAUCGUUGAAACACCCAUUUCUUAUGUCGGAUGACGAGAAGUUUGACUUUUUAUGUAAAGUUGGAAACCAACAGCCAAUAAAGACGAGCGAGACCGAGUAAAGUGUAGUCAAACAAUUAAAUGGCAAGUAUUCAAAUUGGAAAAGUUUCAUGGACAUUGAUGUAUAUGAUUAUUUAAGAACAGACGAGGUAAAUGGAAAAAUAUAUAAUUAUGGUCCUUCAUUGACAGAAUGCUUGAGACUUAUUCGAAAUAUAGGCCAACAUUGGUAUGAUCGACCACGGCCAAGACCACAAACAUUUUAUAAGAUUGGUGAUCACAAGGCAUUUUUUAUCAAGAAAUUCCCCAAUCUCCCUGUUUGGGUGCAUGCUGCUGUGAGGUCAAAUGGAGAAUUUAAAAACAAUACAGAACUCAAGAACUUCUUUAAUGAAAGCGAACCACGUGAAUAAACAGUUUAAAGAGAAAAGAACCUGUUUGAAGGAAAGGCAAUGAUAAGUAUUUGUAUGAAUGUACAUUAAAAACUUUUUUAUUUCCCAGUUCCAUACGUUGUAUAUAGUUGUUCGGUAUUUGUAUAGUGCUCAGUUUUUUAAUGAAAGUUUCAGUGGGUUGUA